GAUAUGAGUCCACAUGCAGCGCAGGGAAGAGGGGCAGCAGUGAGGCACUUUGAUAAAGGCAGACUGUCAGCACCGUGUGGAGCCUCAGAGAGCUGCGCCAACGGUGAGAAAGCGGCACGGUGAGUCACGGAGGAACCUGGACCGGCUGAAUGCAGUCCGUAACACGAGACGCUGCUGCCCACGAGUUCUCACCAUUGUUCGGAGAUAAGAGGACCCAGAGAGUGAUCUUCACCCAGACACCGAAGAGGAGUUUGGCUGAACCCAACGUUUUUUCUUCUUCUUCUUCUAUUCAGUAAUUCGCGUGAAGAAAAUCCUAACUGCGCAGCGGAGGAAGGAGAGAGGUGGUGGUGGGGGCGGACACGUGAGACCGCCGCGAAUAGCUAACCAUAGCUACCCCGAGUGUUGAACUUGCAGUUCUCAGUAGAACUAUUGAAGUAGUGACUGGUUUUAAAGAGCCCAGUGGGAAACGUCGAGGCAGUGUGCGUAAAGCCGUGUGGGAAAGGAGCCGCCUGUCCGCCAUGGAGAACUCUCACACGAAGAGUGUGGAAGAAGUUUAUAGUUAUUUCUGCGUCAACGAGAGCACGGGACUCUCCCUGGACGAGGUGAAGCGACUGAAGGAGAAAUGGGGCCUAAACGAGUUACCAGCGGAGGAAGGGAAAUCUUUGUGGGAGCUUGUCCUCGAACAAUUUGAAGACUUACUUGUUCGUAUUCUUCUGCUGGCCGCAUGUAUAUCUUUUGUCCUGGCCUGGUUCGAGGAGGGAGAGGAAACUAUCACAGCCUUCGUGGAGCCGUUUGUCAUUUUACUCAUUCUUAUAGCCAAUGCCAUCGUUGGCGUGUGGCAGGAACGUAAUGCCGAGGAUGCCAUUGAGGCGCUGAAGGAGUAUGAGCCUGAGAUGGGGAAAGUGUACCGGCAGGACAGAAAAACUGUGCAGAGGAUCAAGGCCAAAGACAUCGUGCCUGGUGACAUUGUGGAGGUUGCUGUUGGAGACAAGGUGCCUGCGGACAUCCGUAUCUGUUCAAUCAAAUCAACAACUCUGAGGGUGGACCAGUCCAUUCUGACCGGUGAAUCCGUCUCGGUCAUCAAACACACGGACCCUGUGCCAGACCCCCGUGCUGUCAAUCAGGACAAAAAGAACAUGCUCUUCUCUGGUACGAACAUUGCAGCUGGGAAGGCCGUGGGAGUGGUCGUGGCCUCUGGCAUUAACACAGAGAUCGGUAAGAUCCGCGACGAGAUGGCGGCCACCGAGCAGGAGAAGACGCCCCUGCAGAAGAAGCUGGAUGAGUUUGGCGAGCAGCUGUCCAAGGUCAUCUCUCUCAUCUGCAUCGCCGUGUGGAUCAUCAACAUCGGCCACUUUAGCGACCCCGUCCACGGAGGCUCCUGGAUCCGCGGGGCCGUCUACUACUUCAAGAUCGCUGUGGCGCUGGCCGUAGCCGCCAUCCCCGAGGGUCUUCCUGCCGUCAUCACCACCUGCCUGGCCCUGGGCACUCGCCGCAUGGCCAAGAAGAACGCCAUCGUCCGCAGCCUGCCGUCUGUGGAGACCCUGGGCUGCACCUCUGUCAUCUGCUCUGACAAGACGGGAACCCUGACCACCAAUCAGAUGUCUGUCUCCAGGAUGUUCGUUGUCAACAAAGUCGAGGGCGACAGCUGUGCUCUGUCAGAGUUCACCAUCACAGGUUCUACCUACGCACCUAAGGGAGAAGUGUACCAGGAUGAUAAACCAGUGAAAACCUCCCAGUAUGAUGCCCUGGUUGAACUGGCUACCAUCUGUGCCCUGUGUAACGACUCCUCUCUGGACUUCAACGAGGCGAAGGGUGUGUACGAGAAAGUCGGCGAAGCCACAGAGACCGCGCUGACUUGUUUGGUGGAGAAGAUGAACGUUUUCAACACCGAAGUUCACAACCUGUCCCAGAUUGACCGAGCCAACGCCUGCAACUGUGUGAUCAAGCAGCUGAUGAAGAAGGAGUUCACCCUGGAGUUCUCCAGAGACAGGAAGUCCAUGUCUGUCUACUGCACCCCCAACAAGUCUCGCUCUUCCUUUGGCAAGAUGUUUAUCAAGGGGGCCCCGGAGGGAGUUAUUGAUAGGUGCACUCACGUCAGAGUUGGUAACAGCAAAGUUCCCCUCACCAAAAGCAUCAAGGAAAAGAUCCUGUCUGUGAUCCGUGAUUACGGGACAGGUCGGGACACCCUUAGGUGCCUGGCUCUGGCCACACGAGACAGCCCGCCCAAAAUGGAGGACAUGAUACUGACAGACACUGCCAAAUUCGUGUUGUACGAGUCCGACUUGACCUUCGUCGGCUGCGUCGGCAUGCUGGACCCUCCCAGACAGGAGGUGGCUGCCUCCAUCAAGCUGUGCCGCCAGGCCGGCAUCCGCGUCAUCAUGAUCACAGGAGACAACAAGGGCACAGCUGUGGCUAUCUGCCGGCGCAUCGGCAUCCUGAGCGAGGACGAUGACGUCGACCAAAUGGCCUACACCGGACGAGAGUUUGACGAGCUGUCGCCCGACGCUCAGCGCGAGGCCGUGACUCGCGCUCGCUGUUACGCCCGCGUCGAGCCGUCCCACAAGUCCAAGAUUAUUGAGUUCCUGCAAGGACUUGACGAGAUCACUGCCAUGACAGGUGAUGGAGUGAAUGAUGCCCCUGCCUUGAAGAAGGCGGAGAUCGGCAUCGCCAUGGGCUCUGGCACUGCCGUGGCCAAGUCGGCCUCUGAGAUGGUCCUCGCCGAUGACAACUUUUCCUCCAUCGUGGCCGCCGUUGAAGAAGGAAGAGCUAUUUACAAUAACAUGAAGCAGUUCAUCAGAUACCUCAUCUCGUCCAACGUUGGGGAGGUCGUCUGCAUCUUCCUCACUGCGGCGCUGGGUUUCCCCGAGGCUCUGAUCCCGGUCCAGCUGCUCUGGGUCAACCUGGUGACCGAUGGCCUCCCUGCCACCGCCCUGGGCUUCAACCCCCCGGACCUGGACAUCAUGGAGAAGCCUCCUCGUAACGCCAAGGAGCCCCUUAUCUCUGGCUGGCUCUUCUUCAGAUACUUGGCUAUUGGAUGCUAUGUGGGUGCAGCCACAGUGGGAGCUGCUGCCUGGUGGUUUACUGUCUCUGAAGACGGACCUCAGAUCACUCUGUAUCAGCUGAGCCACUUCCUCCAGUGCGCCCCAGACAACCCAGACUUUGAGGGUCUGGACUGCCACGUGUUUGAGUCGCCCUACCCAAUGACCAUGGCCCUGUCUGUGCUCGUUACCAUUGAGAUGUGCAAUGCUCUCAACAGUCUGUCGGAGAACCAGUCUCUCCUGCGGAUGCCUCCCUGGGAAAAUGUUUGGCUCUUGGGGGCCAUCUGCCUCUCCAUGUCCCUCCACUUCCUCAUCCUCUAUGUGGAACCUCUGCCUGUCAUCUUCCAAAUCACCCCUCUGGAUACGACCCAGUGGAUGAUGGUGCUGAAGAUCUCCCUGCCCGUCAUCCUGCUGGACGAGCUGCUAAAGUUUAUUGCCAGGAACUACUUGGACUUUGGUAAUCAGCUGGAGAAGCCGGCCAGCAAAGGCUGCUCUCUGUCUGCAUGUGCCGAGGGCAUCUCCUGGCCCUUCGUGGCCAUCUCCCUGCCCCUGUUGCUGUGGAUCUACAGCACCGACACUAACGUGUCCUCCAUGUUGUGGCCCUGACUGACUCCACUCCACUACCCUCCCUGUGCACCAGUGUGAAGUGGACAUUAACACACACAUCUAACACAGUUACAUUAACCCAGAAUAACUUACAGUCAACACGUACGGGGGGAGGGAGGGUUUAGUCAUAUUUUUAUGACUUUGACCAACAUUUUGUGUUUUAUUUUACCAUCACGCUUUUCUCUCCUUUUGAUCUUGUUUUGAACACUUAGCGAUUCCCACCGUGUCGGAGCUGAGUUUGAGCUGUACAGAGAAUUUACACUAUUUUAUGAUAAUUAAUAUUUUGUAAUUUUUGGGAGGGGCUUUGGGGACAAGAAUGCAGGGUGUAAAUGGAUGUAAUUCUGAGGACCGUAUAGUACAAUACUAAUUUUUGGGGGAAAGACUUGAAUAUAUUUGCCCUGGCAUGAAUCUCUGUAGUAAUUUUUGAGCUCCAUGCAUCGUCAUUAUUUUCUGCAUUAGGCAGAGCACAGCUACCUCAAUGCUGUUAAUAUGAUUAUUACUACCCAUUUGUCUUAACAACCAUUUUGUAGAUUAUCAGUUGAAGUGUUGAGGUAACCAUCAAUUUGUUUUGCAGUAGAGACGAAGCCCUCACACACACAAAUGUUUUUGUUUUUUUAAAGUAUAUUUUCUUUUCUCUAUUAUUGGAGGGAAGCGAGGACAAAGAUAUGUUACCAGAUUGAUUCAGAGACAUUUUUGAUAAAGUGUUGUUAAAUUUGUUUACUUGAAGAAAAAAAAAAAACAUGUUCUUGAUUUUUAUUUCAUAGGUUUUGGAGAUUCUGUCUCAGUUUUCAGUCUUAAUUUUUCAUCUUAAUUACAGUUAUCUUUAUAAUGUAUGUAUAAUGUGCACAUACUGUAUUUGAAUAUGUAAAAAGGCACCAAGAAGCUGUUAAGUCUUAUCAACUGAGCACAACAUGGACGACCGGUCAUUGGAAGAGUCUGUAUAUCUGUACAUACCACACAAAGUAGAAUCUCUGUAUAGAUUUUGUUGUUGUUGUUGCUGUUGCUGUCGUCACAAUGCUCCAUACAUUUACACUAGUUCACUUAAGCGUGGUCUAAGCCUUUCUGCAUGCCUGCUCCAAUAAUACCAGGCCAGUGUGUGCGUUGAGUUGUUUAGCCUCACCGCUAACUGUUGUUUCUUCCAAUGCCUUCCACCCGUUAACCUGCAGAGUGAGUACACCUUGAACCUGCAUGCCAGCCAGUCUCAUCUUUCAUGUGGUUGAACGUCUGUCGUUGCUCCUGUGAAAGACGGAGAUGACGGCUCCUCAUACUUUUUGAUUAGAACUAGCAAGUUUUUUGGUUUUGUUUUAUACUCUUUAAUGGUACAAAAGGAGGAAACAUGUAGGUGUUUGAGUUUGUUUGAAAAAAAAAGAAAUAUCACCAAAGUGCCAGGUACACACUGAGUAGAGAUAGAAGCCUUUUGCAUUUUGAACUGACGGUGUCGUUGGCGCAGGUUGGUUCUGAAUGGCAGCAGCAUGUUUUGGCAACUGGCAAAGACACUGACAUUUAAGUGCCCCAACACCAUUACAGGACAUGGUGGUGGUGGUUUUUUAUUUAUACAUGUCUUUUUCUUUUUUUAUUGCAUUUGUCAUUUGAUUUAAUCUUCUGCUUGCCCAUAGCAUGGCUUUUAAUAUAUUUGCUCUUUUUAUUAAAAUAAGUAUUUGAUGGAUUUAAAUUA